AUGCGGCGUGACGUCCGAGCAGCAGAGCAAGUGAGGCGACGACAGAACGAAAUAUCGAAAAAUCCUAAUUUUGGACGAAAGCAAACAUUGGAUUAUUUGUUUGGAAUUUGUGCGGAGCACGAGAGCACUAAAGAUUUGGUAACGAAAAAAGAUUUGCAAAUGCAUUUCGAACAUUACGAUCGAGCAUUCAAAGUAAUCUGCGUAGAUGUAUGCCGAUGCAAAACUGCUGUUCAGGAUGUCAAAGAUGCGUUUUUGGAACGACGGCGGCGUACAAUGCCGUACAUAUCGAAUCCUUUUGAGGAGAGAAGGCCUAAUCGUUUUGAAAGACGCUCAUCAUCGGAAACAAGAUUAAUAGGUGCCGAUGCAUUCCCAUCGCAAGUGACAAUGAUGAAAAUUGGAGAAAUGGCGAAAUCCUCAACGGCAACCCAGCAACAAGGUUCGUUUCAACGUGUUCAGAAGAUGUUUCUUUGUCUGGAACCCCGUGGGCAAAAGCAUUUGUGCUUAUGUAAGAGACUGGUGUAA